ACACAAGUCGUGUGUGUGUGUGUGUGCACGAUGCUGCUGCGGCCGGUUUUUCCAGCAUCCGCGCACGGCAACUGCGCCAGUUUCGUUUCCUGCGAACGGAGACGCUGCGCGAAACGAAAGUGAUCCCGGUGUGACGUCGACGGUCGUCGGAGUACAGGACGAGUCCGACCGCAGGCUGCAGCUCGUCAAGCGAAGUCGAGACCUCAUGAGUUCGCGGUUCCGCAGGUUUCUCUCCUCGAUCCGCUGGAGCGACCUGGAGCAGGAAAUGAGAGGCCUCUCGAACUAUCGUCUUUCCUGCUGUGUGAACACACUACUCCAGACCCUCUCUGCUACCUGGGAAGUAUCAGACCUGCUCGAAAAGUGGGAAGCAGCUGGUGUGAGAGCCGACAGUCACAAUGUCCCCCUGCAGUUGAAGAGAGUCCUUGCGGCCAUGAGGAGCGACCACCUUCCUCAGCACGUUCCCCAUCGAGACUUCCUCCACUGUCUGGACAGAAACUGCGUCCGACUCAGUGUGCAGCACGAUGCCGACGAGGUGUUCCUUUCCAUCCUAAACUUCGUGCAACAGCAGAUGGACGACAGAGCACUGGCUCUCGAAAUCCAAAAUCUGUACAAGAUUUCCGUGGAGACGCACCUGCAGUGUUUGGAGUGCGACUCCGUCCAGACUCGGACCAGCUACCUGCUCAGCCUGCAUCUGCAUCUGAAGGAAGAUCACAACUCUCUGGCAGGUUGCAUAUCCUCCUUCCUCGAGGACCAGGAGCUGAGGGGCAUAGAUCGCUGCUUUUGUGCAAAAUGUGGAAUCAAGACUCCAUCCAAACAGGGUGUCAAGCUGCUCUCCUUGCCUCGCAUCCUGUGCGUGCACCUGAAGCGGUUUAGGAAUAGCCGCGGUUACACCCAAAAACUCGACUGCCAGGUGACUUUUCCGGAGACCUUUGACUUCUCUGAGAUCGCAAGGGAAGGAUUCGCCACUGACUUUGCCCAGAACGAGUGUAAGUACACUUUGUAUGCAGUGGUAGUGCACUCGGGCAGUGCCAUGUGUGGCCACUACACCGCCUAUGUUCGUCACAGGGGGAACCAGGGCUGGUACUAUGCAGAUGACAGCUUCAUACGUCAGGCGUCCUGGGAAGACGUGCAGAGAACAAAUGGAAAAUACAACAGAUUAAAGACCAAAGGUGACCAUGUUUUUGCAACGAGGGCAUUUCAAACUUUUGAACAGAGGAAAUCCAUCUUGUCUGUCUUCUCUUUCAACAACAAACAUCUUUUUGCCUAACACCUGCACCACAGCAUACAUGUUAAUGUACAGAAGAGGUGCAAAAGAGGAAGGACAACAACCCGAACUUUCCGGCUAAAUGUGCAAGACUAUAAGUGCAAUACACCUAGAUGGAACCAUAGGAAUUUAAGAAACUAGAUACAUAAAUGCUCGAAAAUGAUUAAUUGAACAUUUUUGAUUUUAUUUAAAGUGGUGUGUGGUGUCAUACUUAAUGGUUUUUUUCAUUUUUUUCCAGACCUCAGUGAGCUCUUAGUAUAAACUGUAUGUAUACUUUAAACCAGCAUGGUAGUGUCUGCCCAACAGCAGUAGGUGGCGUUGAAGACCUGAAGACCGAAGGGUUUUCCACUCGGAGACCACACACAUUGUGAACGAGCUCAGCGAUACUGGGGGGUUGGUUUGAAGAGAAUACUCAGCUUAGAUGUUCACUGUUUGGGGGGGGGGGAUACCUGCAAUAGGACUCUGCGUCCAUUUUCCUCACACUCCUGUAUAAUAUGUGAGUCACUCAUGAAAAACAAUGGGUUGCCAAAAGCAUCAGCAACAACAAAUAAAAAAAUCUCUUUCAUCAUCUCA